AUGAUCGAUGAAGUAAGACGUCUGUAUGAAGAAGGUAAUUGGAAAUCUAUCGUAAGAACGUACCGGGAACAUCCAGGAAGAAACAGAUUAUUAUGGGUUUAUCCAACGGAAGAAAACUUUGUGUUUAUAAAGAAAUAUAUGGAUGAGUCGAAGUGCGUUAACAUUUUAAGCAUAGGCUGUGGUUGUGGCCUUCUCGAGUGGAUGAUCAUGGCAGCGACUGGGCUCCAGGUAUAUGGCUUGGAAGUAGAUGGCGCUUGGUGGCAAAGCAAAUAUGCCCCGCCUACUUUUAUACCUCUCCUUUUUACUCCAAGCAAAUUAGACGAAGAUGCCAGAAGACUGCUACAAAGGAAAGACAUUGCUUUAUUGUUCUGUUAUUUUAAUAAUGGACCAGCCUUCGAGCAGUAUUUAAAGGAAUAUCUGGGUGGAAUAGUCAUAAUAAUUGGCCCGGAUGGUAAAGGAGUACAUACUGAUCCCAAACCGUUUGGAGACAUGCCGUCUAAUUGGACCUUGGACGUACAUCAGGAGGUUGGCAACACAAAGGAUUUUAUAGCUAUAUAUCGUAGAAACAGCGAUUAA